AUGUUUGAGAAAAGGCGCAAGAACUUUGGCAUCGGGCAGGAUAUUCAGCCCCAAAGAUAUCUCACUCGCUUUGUUCAAUGGCCCCGCUAUAUCAGGCUGCAGUGGCAAAGGGCCAUCCUCUAUAAGGGUCUCAAAGUCCCUCCUGCCAGUAACCAGCUCACCCAAGCCCUGGACCGGCAAACAGCUACCCAGUUGCUUAAGCUUGGCCACAAGUACAGGUCAGAGACAAAGCAGGAAAAGAAGCUAAGGCUACUGGCGCGUGCUGAGAAGAAAGCUGCUGGGAAAGGGGGUGUCCCAACUAAGAGACCACCAGUCCUUCAAGCAGGGGUCAGUACAGUCACCACCUUGGUGGAGAACAAGAAGGCUCCGCUGGUGGUGAUUGCCCAUGACGUGGACCCCAUUGAGCUGAUGGUCUUCCUAUCUGCCCUGUGUGGAAAGAUGGGGGUCCCCUACCGCAUCCUCAAGGGAAAGGCCAGGCUGGGGCGGCUGGUCCACAGGAAGGCUCGCACCACUGUUGCCUUCACACAGGUUAACUUGGAAGACAAGGGUGCUCUACUAAGCACACUGGGGAGGUAA